AUACUUGCGCCUCAUUCCUAAAACAAUUACAAAACCUCGCACACGCGCACGUGCUCUCUCUCUCUCUUCCCAAUCAAAUCCAAUGGCGUUGGCGGGUGGCUCAGUCGGACACCCCAGCAGCUGCGGCAGCCGAACCGGCGUGCGAGUUGUGGUCGCCGGCGAUCAAGGCACCGGAAAGUCGAGCCUGAUCGCCGCAGCCGCCUCCGAAUCGUUCCCGGAAAACGUCCCUCCAGUCCUCCCUCCCACUCGCCUCCCCGCCGAUUUCUUCUCCGACCGAGUUCCCGUAACUCUCAUCGAUACCUCCUCCAGCUUGGAGAAUAGAAGUAAGCUCAAUGAAGAAUUGAAGCGAGCUGAUGCCGUUGUGUUAACAUACGCCUGUGAUCAACCACUGACGCUUAGUCGCCUGAGCUCUCACUGGCUCUAUGAACUUCGUCGCUUGGAGAUAAAGGUACCGAUUAUUGUUGUUGGAUGCAAACUAGAUUUGCGGGACGAGCACAACCAGAUGAGCCUGGAGCAGGUCAUGUCACCAAUCAUGCAAAAGUUCAGGGAGAUUGAGACUUGUAUAGAAUGUUCUGCAGCUACCCUGAUUCAGGUCCCUGAAGCUUUCUAUUAUGCUCAAAAAGCAGUACUACAUCCGACAAGCCCAUUGUUUGAUCAAGAAAACCAAUGUUUGAAAGACCGAUGUGCGAGGGCAUUAAGGAGGAUAUUCAUUCUUUGUGAUCAUGACAUGGAUGGUGCCCUGAAUGAUUCUGAGCUGAAUGAAUUUCAGGUUAAAUGUUUUAAUGCUCCACUGCAGCCUGCUGAAAUAGUGGGUGUUAAAAGGGUUGUUCAAGAAAAGAUACCAGCUGGAGUCAACGAUCUUGGUCUUACUCUUACAGGGUUCCUUUUUCUCCAUGCUCUUUUUAUUGAAAAAAGCCGUAUUGAGACAACUUGGGCUGUCUUGAGGAAAUUCGGAUACAACGAUGAUCUAAAACUCAUGGAUGAUUUUCUUCCAGUUCCAUCUAAGCAUGUGCCUGAUCAGAGUGUGGAGCUGACAAGUGAAGCUUUGGAGUUUUUGAAUGGGGUCUUCCGGCUGUUUGACUCUGAUAAUGAUGGAGCCCUACAGCCUACUGAGCUUGAUGAACUAUUUUGUACUGCACCAGAAAGUCCUUGGGGCGAGGCUCCUUAUAAGGAUGCUGCGGAGAGAACAGCUCGGGGUGAUACUUCUCUUAAUGCAUUUCUAUCUCAGUGGGCUCUUAUGACCGCAUUAGAUCCACGGCUUAGUUUGGCUAAUUUGGUAUACAUUGGAUACGGUGGAGAUCCUGCUUCUGCACUUCAUAUCACAAGGAGAAGAUCAGUAGAUUGUAAAAAGCAAAGAUCAGAGAGAAAUGUUCUUCAAUGCUUUGUUUUUGGUCCUAAAAGCGCUGGAAAAUCUUCUCUUUUGAAUUCGUUAUUAGGAAGGCCUUUCUCAAAAAUUAAUUCAACAGAUGGCGAGCGUUAUGCAGCAAAUGUUGUUGAUAAGCUUGGGGGAAGUAAGAAGACUCUUAUAUUGCGGGAGAUACCAGAAGAUGGAGUUAAAAAAUUCUUGUCUAAUAAGGAAUUUUUGGCUGCUUGUGAUGUAGCUGUCUUUGUCUAUGACAGUUCAGAUGAAAAAUCUUGGAAAAGAUCAAAAGAACUUCUACUGGAUGUUGCUAGGCAUGGAGAAGAUAUUGGUUAUGGAGUGCCUAGCCUCCUAAUUGCUGCUAAGGAUGAUCUGGAUCCCAAUCCAGUGGCAAUACAAGAUUCAGUAAAGGUUAGUCAGAGAAUAGGAAUAGUGCCACCUAUUCCUUGGAGCAUGAAAUCAAGUGAUUCAAGCGAAAUAUUUAGUAGAAUUAUAAAAGCAGCGGAACACCCGCAUUUGAGCAUUCCUGAAACUGAGACUGGAAGAAACCGCAAGCAGUACCGACAGCUUGUUAAUCAAUCUCUCAUUCUUGUCUCAAUUGGGGCUGCUGUUACUAUUGUCGGACUGGCAGCUUACCGCGCCUACGCUGCUAGUAGAAACACUUCGAGUUAGGCAUCAGGAGUGGUCCAUCAAAAAACUUCUGCCGUGCUACCGCCGUGAACUUUAAUAAAUGGUCGACUUUUUCUAGCCUUGCCCCAAUUUUUGGCAUACUAACCUUGUUGGUCAUUCUGAAACCAAGUUGUAUAUAGAAUCUUAGCAAUUUAUUCUCCAAGGCUUCCUAUCCUUUUCAACAUCUACAUUUUUCCUUCUGGUUCAACUCUCACUAGCCAUGUACGCUUCUUACUAUCAGCUUUCAAGAUCUCUUUCUGUGCUACGACUUACUGUGCUCAGUCAGUGAGGCUGAACGCCCAAUGAGAGAAAACUCAAAUCGGCUCAGGAUUCUCCUCUCACUCACUAUUUUUGCCCUUUUCAAAUUUGUGCGCGAGUACAUGCAAUUUUUCAAACUUGUUUCUGCAUGAAGGUCCCCAUUUUAGUAGUUCUCAUGCACUUUAUGUGGUGUAAGGAUUAAAUUAAAUGAAAAUUUUAUGGCCAUAAUGGGUUGAAUUCAUUUA